AUGGCGGCGUCGCGUGGGCGCUCGCCUCGGAGGCCAUUAGAGGCCCUUAGCGGAGGUAACGAGUGCCGCUCGGAGGGCGCGAGAUGCCGGCCGCGAUCGGCCAAUUGUCGAACCGACCAGCGUGAAAUCCCCAACGAGCUGAAGCCGAGAAUCGUGAUCUCGCACAUGCCGCAGAUGAGGGCCCGCUAUCUCCCGCGCAGCAUCGAUCAGAACACGUUUCGUUUU